AACUGUCAAUGUCAUUUUUCGGUCAAUUUAGAUCACUGUAGAAAAAGGUUAAUUCCUAACCUAAAAGGGGACCUGAAUUUUCGUGAUAAAAAGCCCAUAUAAUAACAAUCAUGAACGGCAUCAGGAUCAUGAAGGGCCUUCAGUGGCGUUCUUUUUCACGAUGUGCCAUUCUUCGCCAAGAAGUAGCCCAAGCAGCUCCUUCCCUAACCAUUCCGGUGCCAGAAGGUGUAGACAAGCCAGUUUCACCGAAAAUUGAGAAGAUUGUCUCUGAAAUCACAACGUUAAACCUCCUUGAAGUAUCAGAGCUUAGUCAAGUAUUGAAGAAGAGAUUGAAUCUUCCCGACGCCCCUGUAAUGCCUAUGGGGGGCUUUGCUAUGGCUGCCCCGGCUGCUCAGGAUGAAGAAGAAGCUACCCCUAAAGCUGUGAAGACUAGCUUCACUGUAAAACUCACCAAGUUUGAUGACAAACAGAAAGUGGCUCUGAUCAAGGAGGUCAAGAGCCUUCUAGAAGGAUUCAACCUGGUACAAGCUAAGAAGUUUGUUGAAAGCGUUCCUACAGUUGUGAAGGCUGACGUGUCUAAAGAUGAAGCAGAGAAACUGAAAGAAGCCCUGACCAAGGUUGGAGGCAUCAUAGAAAUAGAAUAGACAAGUUGUUAUGUUAGGUUAAGGUUUUAGUGUGUAAAUUACUUAGAAAAUUACCAAAAUAAAAAAUAAUGCAUUUCA